AUGAACUACAAUAUAAAAAAGGACUUGGAGGACAAACUUACAGAAAGACAGCAGCAGCUAUUUUCUAAAACUAUAUUUGGAAAAUACUUGCAGAUGCAACAUUGUGAAGUCCAAGGGCAGCUGUUCCGGUGUUUAAUGGUCAGAGAGCUGAAGAAAAGCACACCUGAUGCUUUUGUUAUUAACAUUAAUGGGACUGAAUUGACAUUUUCUCUAUUUGAAUUUGCAUUAAUGUCCGGGUUAAAGUGUUAUGGUGAAGAAAUCGUUUUUAACGAGGGUAAAAAUGGACUGUUGGAAAAAUACUUUGGUGGUUCCAAAAAAAACGUUAAAAAGAUGGAGCUAAAUGAGUGCUUCAAUGACAAGAAUUGGGGUGUAGAUGAUGAUGCAGAUCAAGACGCUUUAAAGAUUGCGGUGCUGUAUUUCAUUCAUAACUACAUACUUUCAGGUGAGAAGAGGAACGUCUUAAUUCCAAGACUUCAUUUUGACCCGGUAGACAGUGGACGGUACAAGGACUACACAUGGGGCAAGGAAGCAUUUGUUGAUUUGAUUAAAAGCAUUCACAAUAAGAUGGACAAGCCGAAACAGUAUUACUGUCUUCGGGGUUUUCCAUUUGCUAUUCAAGCAUGGUUAUAUGAGUGUUGUUCCAAUGUGGACCCAGAUUUAGCCGUAAGAAAUGGAGACCGAUUCCCCAGGAUCUUAAAUUGGAAGACAGUAGACCCAACACCAUCAUUUAACCACCUGAUGACUGGGAUGUUCAAGGAUGACGUAUCUGAGGACCAUGUUACAUAUAAUAAUAUUGUGCCGGUCAUUUCUGAGGUUGAGACUCUUGGACUACGUCCAUAUCUCAGCAACAGAACUGCAGCAACCACCAACACACAUGAGGUUGCAGAUGAUUAUGAUGAUUUCAGUUCCACACCACCCCACUUGGCUGCUGCAAAACAACCUCAAAAGAAGGAUGCAUCAAAAUCUCCACCACACAAGAAGCCGAAACAGAUGCGAACUGUACCACAGACAGUGGACAAUACAGCAACUCCAAUCCCAAGUACUGUUACUCAUUCUAGGGGUGGACGAUCUACCAGACGUCCUAUUUUGGCAUCAAACAAGUCUGUUGCAACAAAGGAAAAGGAAAAGUCAUGUCCAACCACCCCCCGUCUCCAUCCCGACCGUGUUUCUGAUGAUGCUCCAAAUACCAGCAAAUCAGAUGACAUCAAAACUUUGAGGCAGGAACUUAACGAGUUUAAGAACAAUGUUUAUGCUGAAUUAAAGGAUCUUCGCAAAGCCAUGGAUGCAAAAUUCGACAGGGUUUUUGACCUUAUCAAAGGGCAUCAAACUUCUGAAAAGGGUGCUGACAGCGAGGCUCCAGUUCAUCUUCCCGAUGCUGACAUACAUCAGCCAGCGGACGACUACAUGGACCAUGGGGAUGACAUUCAAAUGGAGACGGAUACAGGCCAUGUAGAUUCAGCAAUUGGAGUGGAGACAGGACAGGGAGAUGUGCCAGAUAUUGGAGUCGGUCAUUGCAACGAGAGUGGGGAUACACUAAAAGCUUCGACUGAAGAGAUUAAUGACGGAGGUGAUCUUUCAGGAGAACCUAAGAGCUCAGCCCAGUUCCCUUGUGAUGUAUCACAGAAAGAUAAAGAUGAAGGAAACCAUGAAUCUGAUGCCACUCGACAAGAUGAUUCAUCGAACAAUAGUGAGGGCAUGAUAGCACAGGUCCUAGCUGAUAUAGCUGCCUCAGACAUAGCUACACAAUCAGUUAAAGAACAAGAUGCCGGGGAACACAUUGAUCAUAUUGUAUCUGAGAAGCCCUAUAUUGCAGUUACGGACGCAAAACCUCUAUCUCAGUGGUUGUUUCCCGACGAGUUUUUACCAAGCCAGACUCCUGGAAAACAAGUGAUUUUGCAUCCAUCAAUGUCUCGAGCCACUCGUCCCAGUAGAUACAAGAGUUCACCAUACAUGACAGAUUUUGGUUCAGCUUCAGGAAGCAGUUCGUCGAAGAUCCAUGUGUCUAUUUUUGACAAAAAAUUUCCAUUUGAGCAAGAUCCCAUUAUCGGUCCACUUGAUGUACAACUUCUUGAUCAAUACCGUGUGUGGCUUCGUCACGGAUUACUUGUUAGGCACGAUAACAAGUAUGUUUUUUUAUCCACAAGUACAGAUUUUGUUUUUUUGGUCAUUUUGUUCUUUUUAUCAAUACCGGUCAUCUUGUUUUUGUUUUUGCUAUACACACCCCUUUCUUUGUCUCUGUGUAUGUGUAUGUGUUUUCGAGAUAUCAUAACAUAAGUUUUCUUUGUUUUUUUUGGUCAUCUUGUUCUUUGUAAGACUUACUAGUAUAUCUUUUUUGACCUGUUUUUUUUUUUUUUUUUUUUUUUUUUUUUUGCAUUCAUGUUCAACUUGAUUUUUUGUUUGGCAUACAUACUGAUUUUUUUUGGCAUACAUACUGCUUUAUUUUUGUCUCGCUCUAUGUGUAUGUAUCUUUCUGUAUGUGUGUUAUACUGUCAUAUUUAUUAUUUUUUCACACAUACCAUUUUCAUUUGUCUCUGUA